AUGGCCGAGAACCAAGUAGCCCAGCUGCAGUCGCAGGUCGAGGCGCUCACCAACCGGCUGAACAAGGUCCAAGACGAGGCCGAAGUGCGAAAGCUACACCACAAGUACGGGUACUACCUGGACAAGUGCCUGUACAAGCAGGUCGUCGACCUCUUCGCCGACGACCCCGGCACAUUCGUCGAGUUCCUCGGGGGGCGCUACCGCGGCAAAGCCGGCGUGCGGCGGCUGUACAUCGAGCGGUUCGCGCAAAACUUCGUGCGGGGGCGCAACGGGCCGGUGCACGGGUUCCUGCUGGACCACGCCAUGAUGCAAGACAUCAUCGACGUGGAUCCGUCGGGCGAGCGGGCGUGGGGCCGGUGGCGGGCGCUGAUGAGCGCCGGGGUGCACGGCAGCGUGGCGGACGCGCACCCGCGCGGGCACGGGGCCGACGGCACGUCGCCGCGGCAGUGGUGGGAGGGCGGCGUGUACGAGAACGAGUACAUCAAGGAGGGCGGCGUGUGGAAGAUCUGGAAGUACCGCUACUUUGCGUUUUGGCACGGCGAGCACGCCACCGGCUGGGCGCUGACCAAGGAGAAUUACGUGCCGUUUGCGAAGACGGCGUUUCCGGACGACCCGCUGGGCCCGGAUGAGCUGGUCGAGCAGAAGAUGCUGUGGCCGGAUACGAGGUGUAUCCCAUUCCACUACACGCAUCCGGUGACGGGGGAGCAGGUGGACGAGGACGAUUUGAAGGCGCCGGCGUAUGGGGAGGACGUGAAGACGGCAGAGCCGGCCUUGUCGUUGAAGGACGGCUAG